AUGGAUAUUGUAAGUCAAGAAGCCAUCACAAAUUACGAAGUGCUACAGUGUCUCCGAUACAACGCUAAAUAUAGAUCAGAACACCCUACUAAAGAAAAUCUAGAAAAAGUGAAGCUUGAAGAAGAAAUAAGAACAUAUCUAAACACAACCCCAGCGUACAACCAGCGACGAGAAUCCUUAACAUUACUUUCAGAGAACUUACAAAAAUAUGACCUUUCCAAAGGAGAAAUAUUACAAAUCCUCAAUCAUCAGCCUAAGGAAGCAGUUGAAUUAUAUCUCAUCAUAGGAAACAUCGAAGAAAGAGUUAACGAACAGCAAAUUCAGGAAAUUCUAAGCCUAAUAAAAUCUUCAGUAGUGUAUUUAGCCUGUGAAUAA